AUGCUGCUACCCAACCUGAGUUGGACCGCGAUCCGGGGAGGCUCCAACAUCGAUUUUGACCCGCCCGAAUCCGUACUUCAGCCGCUUUCGACCACUCGAGCCCCAUUAGCGACUGCCGAUCACUCGACCCCGCCGGCCACCCGAACUCGCGGCUCACCAUCACGAGCAGACGCGACCGAACCGAUGGACGAGUUCGAACAGUUUCAUUUCACGGAGUACAUGGCACCGAGGCAGAGCGCUGGAUUAAAGGCCGUGCACGAGCGUAUAGGACUACUCCAGCGAUGGAACAAGGCUUAG